AGCAUCGGUGCCAUUCAAAACUCUAAAGCAUGAUCGGGACCGCGCUCGCACGUCGAAUGCUCGUCCGCGGCUUCGCGUCCAGCGCCAAGCUCUCGAUGAAGCCCAUCAACCUCAAGCUCGUGGCUUCUUCCUUCUUGCUGCAGGUGCAUCCGGACGUGCUUCAGUUCGACCGGCGCGGUCUCAAGGACGUGCACGAAUCCAUCAAGGACCAGAAUGAAGACGCGCUCAAGCACCUCAACGCGUUCUUGGACAUGGCCGGCGCCGGCUGCAACGGCAACAUGACCAACGACCUCUUGGCCACGCGGAGCUUUGCCUUUGACUUUCACGUGCCCGUGCCCAAGAAGCUCGUCAAGCGCCACACCAAGCCGCUCGUCGACGUCGACGGCCAAGCCUACUUGCACAUUCGCGAAAAGGUGGUCAUCCCGCCCGAGCUCUACGACAUGACACUGCAGUCGCUCUCGCCGCUCGGUGCCAACAUCCUCGACAAGACUGCCAUGCUGUGGCGAAAGUACACCAAUUCGGUGCUCUCGAGCCUCUUUCACCAAGCCGACAUCCCCGUUGUCUCGCAGCACGCCAACGGCGAGCUCAUUCCUUGGGACGAAGAUUUGACCGAGACCAACGCCGUCGGCGACGGCAGUGCCCGCGAGGCCGAAGACAUUGAGAAGAAAUUCCGCAAAAUGCUCACGCGCGAACGCAACAUUGUGUUCAAGCACACGACGGGCUUUGAAGCCGACGUCCAGCGCCAUCGCGUGCUCCUCGAUCUUCUCAAGCGCGUGCACGUUGACGACAUUGCUACCGCCGACCAAGAGCGAGCGUUUAACUGGCUUGGCGAAGUCCUCUUGCGCAACUUCAUGGAGCUCCGCCUGCACAACUUGAUCUGGAAUCGCGUUGUGCUCAUUUUGACCGAAGACCCGAACCUGCACAAGCACGUGAUUGACGAUGCCUCUGGUGUCGCGAUCGUUCUCGGCUUUACCGACGACCUCGACGACGUCGUUCGCUUCCUUCACCACCAAGUCGAGCAGCUCGAGGCCAAGUUCAAGUCCACCGACAUUGUUGCUGGCGAGUCGGUCAAAUCCCAAAGCAAGGCCAAGCGCCGACCGACCAAGCACGCAUAAAUGCCAAAUGCUCAACACGACGUCUGCUUAUUUGGAACGUUGGUGCCCGAUGCACACACGACGCACUGUGGAUGGUGCCGUGGUGGUGGGGCGGCUAAGGUGGCGUGCGCGUAGUCAUUAGCGUGAUGUUUGUAUGCCAAUACAAAACGCAAGUACCCCGAC